AUGCUCGGAGGCCGCCACUCCGGCGCGCUAGACCGCGCCAUGGCAAAAAUAUUGAGAAGAAUCGCAAGAGGCAUGAUGCGCUUGACGCAUGAGGAUGGGUCGACCAGGUGCCACUCCAACAAUGAGGUAUUCAAGUGGUGGAGGAUGCCGCGCUGCGCUACCGCACUGUGCAUCCGCAGGCUACGAUGGUACUUGACAUGGGCACGGCACCCAGAGGACUUCGGCAGUGUACUUGCGGCGGUAUCUGGAACACCGGAACUGGAUCGUCUUUGCGGAAUCAAGCGGCUGGAGAAUGGAAGCGCGCACGCGGCGUCUACACCUUGGGCGCAGCAGGUGAUCAAACAUUGUCAGGCACUGGCGGAAAUUACCGAGGGCGUGGCGAACUGGCACCCGCAGGGGCACUCCGACAUCUCCAUGUUCCAAACUGGUACAAGGGCAAUGUGCGACUACGAGGAGCCCGACCUCAGAGGUUGGUCAGGGAGCGGGGCGGCAAAGGGGCAUCUGCUCGGACCGCCGGGCAUCCGCGCAGGGAUGGCGCCCAUGGAAGGCAUCUCAGAGACAGUGGCGGAAUCGCAGAAAGAAGAUGCCGCGUCGGUGGGGGCAUCUCUGAUCCGGGCGAUUGACACGCUGAACAACAUCUUGGCGUUGAUGGACGGCAGCAACACUCACGGCCAUGCCAUGGUCAACGAUUCGAUCAAGCUGCGCAAGGUCAGCGAGGGCUGCAAGGCUCGCAGCAGCAAGAACAAUGAGCAGAACGAGGACGAGUACUUCUGGGAGGAGGACAUGAGCAAUAACCAUAUCAGCAUCGACGCGACCACCGACUUUCGAGCGGCGCCCCCGAAAGGCACGAGGGAAGAGGGCCUGGAGAAGCACGACAAGUUCUCUGGCCACAACUUGAAGAAUGCAGUAAGGAUGUUGAUCGUGUUCGCGGGCGGCAAGAAGUCGCAGUCGGCGGCGCCCAAGACGGAGUUGGAGAGGCGCCCGGUCUGCUUCUGCGACCGGCGGGCUGGCCGGCCGAGGCAGAGCGCCAUCGUCGGGAGGCGCGACUUCCGCUACGCCGUGGAGCGCAUAGGCGUCUUCGGGGAGCCUAACUUCCAGAGCCUCAUCGACGUCUUCCUCCAGACCUCGGCGGGGCGGCACGGGCUGGUCUCCUUCGGGAGGCGGGCUGGAGGGCUGCGCUCGCCUGGCGCCCGGCUCCGCCGAGGGCGUGCUGGGCGGCGGGGGCUUUGUGCCCUCGUGGAUGCUCCAGCGGAAGGACCGACCGCGG